AUGAAAUUCAGAUAUUUGUUCAAUCGAUACUACUAUUACUACUACAGUAACAAGAAUUUGGAUUCACUCUCUUGUUGGGACUUUUACUACUACUACUACUACUACUACUACUACUACUAUACUGCUACUGCUACUGCUACUGCUACUCCUACUACUACUACUACUACUACUAACAAGAAUUUGAUUCACUCCCUUGUUGGGACUUUGGCUGCUGCUGCUGCUGCUAACAAGAAUUUGAUUCACUCCCUUGCUAGGACUUUUGCUGCAUCAAUUCCCAUAUUAAUUGGGUUGAUAUUUGCAGUUCGGAAAGACAAGAAGUGGUCAUUGGCGUUUCUUGGCCUUGCUCUGUGUCUCCUGUCUCGCUCUGCACUCUCGCAGACAGUGAUCAAGACCCUCCCAGGAUUUCCCGGUGAACUUCCUUUCUAUCUUGAAACUGGGUACGUUGGGGUGGGCGAUUUGGAAGAUGUGCAGAUGUUCUACUACUUCGUCAAGUCGGAGAGGAGUCCAAAAGAUGAUCCUCUGGUGCUCUGGAUCACUGGAGGCCCCGGUUGCUCCACUCUCUCUGCAAUUCUGUAUGAGAUUGGUCCAUUCACGUUCAACUACGAGAAUUUAACUCCGAGCAGACCGACUCUGAAAGUGCAUGAAUACUCAUGGACAAAGGUUGCAAACAUCAUAUUCGUAGAUGAGCCUGUCGGAGCUGGGUUCUCUUACGCGAAUAAUUGGGAAAGCUACAAUGUGAAUGACAAUAUUUCGGCCACGGAUACUUAAGAGUUUCUUAGGAAGUGGCUCACGUUGCAUCCUGAGUUUCUGAGCAACCCACUCUACAUCGGUGGUGAUUCUUAUGGCGGCUUUAUCAAUCCGAUUGUCACUCUGAAAGUUGCUGAAGGAAUUGAAGCGGGCCUUGAGCCAAUAAUGAAUCUGAAGGGGUACUUGCUUGGAAACCCAGUAACAAAUUUGCAAAGUGACGAGAAUUCAAGGGUCCGAUUUGCUUAUUUGAAGGCUCUUAUAUCUGAAGAGUUGUACAAGUCGGCGGACAAAAAUUGUAAUGGCGAUUUCAUAAACGUGAAUGAAAGCAAUGCUGCUUGCGUCGACGACCUCAAAAUCGUGACUAUGUGCCUGGAGAAAUUAGACAUAGCAAACAUAUUAGAACCAAAUUGCUUAUAUUCGACUCCAAAAUCGACGGUGGAUGGUACGUGGGACCCGAGCUUACUCAAUCGAGACCCUACAUUUCUUGCCUUACCGCAGCUUCCUGGGGUCUGGUGCCGGGUCUAUAACUACAUGCUUUCCUAUACUUGGGCUAACGAUAGAGCCGUUCAAGAGGCUCUUCACGUCCGACCGGGAACAAUUAGGAAGUGGGCAAGGUGCAACGAGAGUAUAUCUUACGAAUACAGUAUUAGAGAAGUGAUUGACUAUCACAAAGAGCUCUUGAAAAGGGGAUAUAGAGCACUUAUAUAUAGUGGUGACCAUGACAUGGCCAUCCCGUAUGUGGGAACACUCGCAUGGAUUGAGACAUUGAAUUUAACAGUAUCUGAAGAUUGGCAAGCGUGGUUUGUCGAUGGACAAGUUGCAGGAUACACUACAGUAUACUCUUACGGAGAAGCCUAUCUUACAUAUGCAACCGUCAAGGGAGGAGGACACACAGCUCCAGAGUACAAGCCCAAGGAAUGUUUUGCCAUGAUUGAUAGGUGGUUUGCUUAUUAUUACCUCUAAUCUGGUGGAGAUCGAGAUGAAUGCUAUCAUUGCCAAAGCCAAAGGUCCUUAAUUUGCAUGAAUAUUAUGCAAUUCGAAUUUGUGUUUUGGUGUAUCUAACCCGCGUCGAUGUUCAAAUAAAUAUCUUCUCUCAUCUCCUAUAAAUCCCGUAUCCGCUGAGGGAUUUAAUUUUUUAACUCUUAAUGUGUUUUUAUUGCAUGAACUUUGUUAAUGAGUGAUAAAACGGCACUUGAUGAGUAACUGAAUAAGUGUACUUCAAAAUUCUCCAA